GGUGCAAUCAGGCCAUAUGGAGAAGAGAAGGGGAGCACAUCUUUCAUACGAUUUCCCCUCAGAGGUUUGGUACACCAGAAGCGUCAAUCACAUUUUGGGGUCAUGAAAACAGUUCUGGUAUGAGAAUGCACUGAGAAAAAGUCUCCAUCCGAGUGUGUCUAAGUGUGGGUGAUAAUGAACAAGGCAUACAGUGUGUUUGCCGGAGAGUUGUUUCUUUGUCCAAAGCAGACUGAGCCCCUGCUAUAAUCUGGGUUAUCUGGCUGUAAUCAGCUUAGCCCACUGCCACUCUCACUGCUGGUGCUGCUGGGUGAGUACUACGUUCUGUAGCUUUAGUCUGGUUCUGUCGUCACUGCCAUACAUACCUGUUGAAGUGCCUUAGAAGAAGAACAAACUAGCAGGGAAGUUCACUUUGCAUGUAGAAGAGCUUGGAGGAGCGCAACUUUUAGAGUCUUUUGUGGGAGUGCUGUCCAAACUGUGGCCAUGGCUGAGCGUCAAGAGACGGUUUCAUCUGAGGGGACACCUGCUGCAGACACGUACCCCAGAAAGAUACUGGAGUAUAUGGAAGGAUUCCUCAUCUCCAAGACGGUUUUCUCCGCCUGUGAGCUGGGGGUGUUUGAUGUGCUGCUGGCUGCGGAGCGCCCCCUGUCUGCAGAGGAGAUCAGUCAGGCGGUGGGAGCCAGUCUGGAUGGCACACAGAGACUACUGGCUGCCUGCACCGGCCUGCAGCUCCUUAACACACACCAGGACAAUGGACGAGUGUUUUACAGUAACACAGAGCAGGCCAGCGUCUACCUGACCCGCUCCAGUCCUGUAUCCCUCUACCAGUCCAUCCAGUACAGCUCCAGAACCAUCUACCUCUGCUGGCACUACCUGACUGACGCUGUCAGAGAGGGAAGAAACCAGUAUGAAAAGGCUUUUGGGGUCAGCUCCAACGACCUGUUUCAGGCUCUCUACAGGUCUGAUGAAGAGAUGGUGAAGUUCAUGCAGUUAAUGAACUCCAUUUGGAACAUCUGUGGUAAAGACGUGGUCACGGCCUUUGACCUUUCGCCUUUCAAGAUCAUCUGCGACCUUGGAGGCUGCAGUGGAGCAUUAGCCAAGCAGUGCACGUCAGCCUACCCAGAAUGCACUGUGACGAUCUUUGACCUCCCCAAGGUGGUGCAUAUGUCGAGGGAACACUUUGUCACUGGGGCCGACCAGAGGAUAAGCUUCCACGAAGGAGACUUCUUCAAAGACCCCGUGCCAGAGGCCGACCUCUACUUCCUCGCCAGAAUCCUCCACGAUUGGACAGACGAACGAUGCAUUGAGCUACUCAGUAGAGUCUACAAAGCCUGCAAACCAGGAGGUGCUGUGUUGCUGGUGGAGGCGUUGCUCCACGAGGACGGCUCCGGCCCAGUGACGGUGCAGCUCUACUCCCUGAACAUGCUGGUGCAGACGGAGGGCAGAGAGAGGACAGCUGCUCAGUACGCUGCUCUGCUGGCUGCCGCCGGCUUCACCGCCAUCCAGCACCGCCUCACUGGGAAGAUCUACGACGCCGUGCUGGGACGCAAAGAGACAUGAGGCCGACAGAUAAGGCUAUACUCUACUGUGCCAGGAC